AUGGACCACUUGCCAACUGCAUCAUCCGAAUCUGCCCAUGUAGAAGUUCCGUUUCUGCUGGACAAAGAUUGCCCUUUCAUCUACGAUAACGAAAGUUGGACCGAGUAUCCUGUUCGAACAGGUUGGGAUCUCGAUACAUUCUUAGAUGGAGACUUCACGAAUCGGGGGCGCAAUACUACGGCGCAGGCAGCUUCAUUCUUGCAGGCCUGGUUGUAUUUUGGUAUGAUACACUCUGUGACGGGGAUACCAGUGGAAACCUAUGAUUUCGUUCGUGCAACUGACCGAGGAGGCCUCGUGGUGAGUUCAAGAAAUCUCAGCCGCAUCAUCUCUCAAUGGGAGAAGGCAGUUCAACAAUGGCCCGCGAAAGAAAAUUUAGUGCGCAGAGCUGCCACCGACAGCUCCGUCAAAGCAGUGACAGAGGCGCUCAGCCUGUAUCUCGGAUGGAAGACUCCGCUAUCAGACACGGUCAUACUCUCGAUCAACAUCCUCCACAAGACGCUCAUGUGCGCCAAACGGGCAAUACUGACGCAAACUGACUUUGAGCCCCAUCUGACCUACUUCCAAGAUUCACGCGAAGUCAUCGACAACCAGCUCUAUGAACAAGGGUGGUGCAGAAGAGAUGUUGCCAGACAUCACCAAGGUCAGUCGUGUCUGGGGAUGUAUUUCGCCAUCUCGCUCGGUCCUCGACUCGUCCCGCGAGACCAUUCAGGCUGCCUGAUCACGGAAUGCCUGGCGCUACAAGUCGACCAUGCAACCUACAAAAGUCAGCACACCGGCCCCAACUGUGACUGCGCACACCUCGAAGUCGAUAUCACCCAAGUGUGUUCUCUCAUCAACUGUGGCAAAACUCCGCUUCUGAGACUCUGUGAUUCGGCUUCUGGGGUGCAUCAACCUCGGGUAGCUGUGAUCACGGACGCCGAAUAUGUCUGCAUUUCGCACGUCUGGGCCAACGGGUUUGGCAAUCUUCAUGCAAAUUCGAUGCCUCUCUGUCAACUGGCCCGGUUGCAGCACCGCGUUAACGACCUCUACAAUCGUGGUCGUGCUGACGCUAACAUCCCAUUCUGGAUAGAUACGCUCUGUGUACCCGUGCAGCCAGAGCACACCGCGACCAGGAGGCGCGCUAUAGUUGCCAUGGGGCAAAUCUACGCCGAAGCAGCCAAAGUGCUCGUCGUCGACGUGGAGCUUCUGAAGUCGCCGACCGCCGGCGCAUCCAUGGAAGAAAUUGCCAUGAGGAUCUCCUACAGUGUCUGGUGGUCACGUCUGUGGACGCUCCAAGAGGCGGUGUUUGCCCGGGAACUGCAUUUCCAAUUCCAAGACCGCGCUCUGGACGGGAAAGAGCUGGUGGAACGCAGCGACCGUGCUCGCGACAGGCUUUCAGAGACAGGCCAGUGGAGUGCCGCAGCCCAGAUCGCCCAUGAAGGAUUGGCGUACCUCCGCGAGCUGUACGCGUUCAAGUCCUCUACCACCGACGCCCGAGCCGCGUACAUCCUCCAGGCCGUCAACUGGCGCUCGACGAGCUGGAAGUCCGACGAGGCCGUCUGCCUGGCGGCGAUCCUGGGGCUGAACGUGCAAGGCAUCCUCGCCACGCCGGACGACGACCGGUUGCGGCGCUUCAUCCUCCUCCAACGAUCCUUUCCGGCCAUCGCGCUGUUCUUCUCCGGCGCCAAGAUGGACGUCGACGGUUUUCGCUGGGCACCGCGGACGUUCGUCUUCAGCCGCGCGGGCCUUUUGCCCGCCUACCAACAGUAUCCGGAUCGGGGCGGCAGUCGCUUCGAGCUGCAGACGUCGCUCGCACAGGCGGACGAAGCCGGCCUACACGUGCAAUUCCCGGGCUUCAGGUUCAAGCUGGACUCCUCCUGCUCGCGCAUCGGCGACGACCGGGUCUUGUUCCAGGACGCAUCCGAUGCGGUGUGGUACACGUUCCGCGUGAUGGGGCGGAACACAGUGGCCACGCCCUUCCGGGACGUCGACGACGUCCUCGACAUCCCCGACCUCGCCCUCGUCCUCCCCCGGCGCCCGGGUCCCGACCGGUCCUUGUACUACGGCGUCCUGGUCUCCGUCUCGCGGGACGAAGAAGGCGGCGUGCUCUUCUCGCGCCUCGUGGCCAGAGCGUCCGUGGACCGAUGGGGUGCCAAAGACCCGCUCUCCCUCAGGAUUCUGCUGGGCAUUAGUGACGAACAGCCCAAUCCGGUCGAGGCCGUCGGGCUCCCUGAGGACCAGCGCUGGUGUAUUGGAUGA